CCUGUUUUUAACACCAUGACAGCUGUGACUUCCGAUGUAAACAUGUCGAUUUCCCCAGGGAUGUAGGAGACAACAGGGCUGUUAUGGGGUUGCAAUUGACGGUUGUCAUGUCUGUUGCACAUGUGUUAUGAUAUGGAACCUUCUGAAGGAUGUGUUUGUGUACAAAACGAUGGCAGCUGUGAAGCAAAGACUGCAGGCAACAAGCAUGUUCAAUUUUGCCUGGAGAAUAACCAAACCUUCGAGUUUGAAUGUCAUCAACUGAAAAUGGACGGUGAACAAAAUGAGAGCCUGUCCAAGGAAGAAGAAAAUACAGCAAAUGGAGUAGAAAAACAACAUUCACAGCUGUAUCAUGAGGAAGAGGAGCUGGAAGAGUGUCGCAGGUUGUUCAGGCAGCAAAUGAAAGAGCUGAACCUUCAGCUAGAGUCUUUCAGAAAACAGUGUAAUGAAGAGAUAUCUCAGCUUAAGCAGAAUGUGGAGGAUCAGAAACAGCUGGCAGCAUUAGAGUUAGAUGAGCUUGACCAGCAGCUCCAGGCAAAAAAGAACCAGAAGAAAGAACAGAUUGAGAGUGAAAUUAAGGAUAUUGAAGCAAACCAUGAUCUGGUGGAGCGACAGAAGGAAGUUCUUGCUAUGGAACAGAAAUUGUUGGAAAAGGAAGAUGAAAUCGCCCAAAGACAAAAGAAUCUUAUUGAUUAUGAAAAAGAGGUUGAAGAAAUUGAAGGUUAUCUAGAUAGAAGAAUGGAACUCUGCAAUAAAAGAGAAAGUGAACUCAAAGAUCUAGACACGGAGCUGGCCUCCCUACGGUCUGACUUAGAUAAAGAAAAAGAAGAAUUGUUAAUCAAGGGAGGCACUGAGGAUGAAAUAAAGCAAGAAAGAGCCAAGAUUAACUGUUCAAACAACAGGAACUUUCUUCAGAAAAGUUUGCUAGAUAAGCAGACAACCACAGAGCUUGCUUUGAAAAGAUGCAGAGCUGAAAUAGAGGAGUUAAAAGACUCUCUGUCUAAAAGAGACAACCAAGUCAGUGAACUUAAAAAGGAGAUUUGUAAUCUGAACAGGGAAAUAGAAAAGAAAAGUCAGAGAGUGAAAGCAUUAGAGUCACACUUAUCAUUCACUUUGGAUGAAGUCAACAGGAAGAACGCUCCUGUCGUCCAGACAAGGCGUUUAUCAGCAAUACAAGCCAGUCAAGACCUCACAGUUUUGAGGUCGUUGAGUUUCCAAGAUGGCGGAACAAGCUCUUCUGGAAGCUCUUGUAAUGAUCAAGAAAAUCUCAGUCAGACUUUUCCUGGUAGAACAGAACAGAAAAGGAAGGGAACCCUUGUUCACAGUCAUAGCUCUGAAGCAAUGGUCGACAUGUCUAAAAGUCAUAGGGCAAGUUUACCAGGAAGUUCAAGGAGAAAGAGUAUUCAUGAGCGUGGGAGGAGGUACACAUUAACAAUGUCAGAGAUUGAACCUCUUCCUCCUGUGUCCAGACAAUCUAUGCAAUAUGGUUCUAGUAACAGCAAUGUAAAUACUUCACCCACCAAAAGAAAAGACGAUGCAACAAAAUUUGAAUAUGAAAACUCAGGGAGAAUUACAAGUUCAACUUGUAUGGUUAUGUGAUAUUAUUUUUAUCUAUAUUAUUAAAGA